AUGUGUGGCUCAGGGCGGUCAGAUAUCGUUAUCAGUGCUGUUGACGCCCUUGAUAUCCGCAUUGCCGUGACCAGCAAUGACUGCGAUAAAUAUCCAGGUUCAGUGGCUGCGAAGCUUGGGGUCUCAGCUGGUCUGAUCUACCUUGUCGGUCAGCCUACAAUCAAUUGGGGGGAUUCAGAUCAACCACGUCCGUUCCGACAAAGACGAUACUUUUACUACCUUAGCGGGGUGAACGAGGCGGACUGCUAUCUGACAUAUGAUGUCAAGAAUGACCUCCUGACGCUCUAUGUGCCCGAUUUCGACUUGCACCGCGCCGUAUGGAUGGGCCCAACUUUGACAGUGGAAGAGGCUCAGGAACGGUACGAUGUCGAUCAAGUGCGGUACUAUGCGUCUCUCAAGGGGGACGUCCAGCGGUGGGUGGACAGCUACAACAAGACGAGUUUGUUAUAUAUACUCCAUGAUACCCAGAAGCCCCAGGUGUUGUCACACGAACUGCGCUUAGAUGACGAAUCGCUGUUGCCCGCCAUGGAUGCAGCCCGGGGCAUCAAGGAUGAGCAUGAGAUUCGGAUGAUUCGAGAAGCGAACAGGGUAUCUGCUUUGGCUCACCGCAAGGUGCUCGAAAACGUUCUCCGAAUGUCGUCAGAGGCAGAGAUCGAAGGUCUUUUCCUGGAUACGUGUAUCUCCCAUGGAGCGAAGAAUCAGGCAUAUGAGAUCAUCGCCGGGUCAGGGGAGAAUGCGGCCGUCCUUCACUAUGUGAAGAACGACGAACCGCUUCAAGGAAGACAGCUGGUCUGUCUGGACGCGGGUGCCGAGUGGAACUGCUACGCCAGUGACGUAACCCGAACCUUUCCCCUGGCCGCCGACUGGCCCACUGCGCGGGCCAGGGACAUCUACUACUUGGUAGAAGAGAUGCAAGAAGAAUGCAUCAAGCGUAUACAGAAAGGCGUGCGAUUUCUAGACCUACAGGUCCUUGCGCAUGUGAUUGCAAUUGAAGGAUUGAUACGACUAGGCAUCCUCAAGGGCGGCUCGGUAGAAGAGAUUCGCGAGUCCGGGGCAUCGACCGUCUUUUUCCCGCACGGGCUAGGCCAUCACGUCGGACUCGAAGUGCAUGACGUUUCGGCGAAACGGCUCACAGCUUUGGAGGGGGACAACGAAUACUACGGCUCGACUUUGGUGCCGUCUAUGAGCCAUUGUCCCUGUACACUUUCCGCACCAUUAUUGGAGGAAGGUAUGGUGGUCACAGUCGAGCCUGGCAUCUACUUCUCCCGACUGGCUCUGGCGAAUGCACGGAAACUGCCCUAUGCGAGAUAUAUCAACUUUGAUGAGGCCGAGAAAUACAUUCCCAUUGGCGGCGUGCGCAUUGAGGACGAUAUCUUGGUGACCAGCUCUGGGUACGAAAACCUGACUACAGCUCCUAAAGGGGAGGAAAUGCUAGAGAUCAUCCGUCGGGGGAUCGACAAUUAG